UUCGUCUGUACGAAAGCAACACUCACAAGUCACGAAUUUUUCGCUUUUUCGGGAUUUGUAAACUUGCGGUAGACAAAAUGUGUCAAUCUUGUUGUAAUCCGUGCGGCUUCAACCCCUUCUAUAUUGGACCAUAUCCGGAAUGUGCCUGCAGCUGUUGUCCCUAUGGGUGUUAUUCGGGAUACACGCCAUGCGGUUGGAAUUGUGGACCCCGUUGCUAGUGUGAGACAUUUUGUAUACAGCAGCAGACCGAAUAGCCGAAUAAGCGAAAAAUACCUGAAAUGUGCUCCAAGUUUUGUUUGGUCAACCGGAAAUAAAAAGUCAAAAGAAAAACUA